AUGGCAUAUAGCGACCAGGCUGUUGCACAUGGAAAGCUGGUCGAGGAACGAAGCCAACAGUACGGCCGGAUGAUCGAAGAGCAGGCCAAAACUAGAGGCAAAGAUUUUGAGCAGAAAGCGAAGCAUUUGUCAAGUAUGGGAUGGGGACGCGGAUGUGGAAGAGGACCAUGGGGAAGAGGAGGGCCUGGAGCACACUGGGCAUAUUAUAAGGGACCAUUUGGGCACAUGCACCCUCAUGGGCAUCGCUUCGGCUGGGGAAACCCAUGGGGUGGCAAUAACCAAGGAAAUCCAUUUACUCACACUCCCGCUCACCCAUGGAGUGGAUGGGAAGGCAACAGAAGAAACAGGAGAGCGGAACAUCGUCAACGGAGUGCAUCCGUUUCAUCAACAUCUUCAUCUUCAUCUUCAUCGUCCUCAUCCUCGUCUUCGUCAUCCUCGUCGUCAGAUUCAGAGGCCUCCUUUCUCUCCUCUCUCUCCUCAUACUCUCAGAGGCACACCGCAGCCCUUGAAGCCCUUAAGGAGAGGAUCCAAAUUGUUCAGCAAGAACAUGAACGGAGUCGGGCCCGUGGGCUCAUGGGUGGGGAGCGCUCGGAUAUCGACCACCUCCAGCAGGAACUCUACACACUAAGAACGGCACUUAAGCAGUUCCGCUGCACUAAAAAAGCAAAACACGGCGCUGCUGCACGCAACUCCGACAAUAAUCCAACAGACGGUAACGAUACCACUAAGAAUAUAAAUCCCAAUGAGGCGCAACGUGCUCUCAAACAAGACAUACAGAGUACGAAGAAAGAAUUCCGCAGAUUGGUGGCACAUAUUAAAGAUGAGAAGAGAGAGCUGCGGCGUAAUAGGCGGCAGAGAAAAAAGGAGGUCAAGCGCGAGAGGAGGCAGAGGAAGAGGGAGGAGAAGAGGAGGAAUAAAAACGCACGCAAAAGCGUGGCUUCCCACUAA